AAGUUGGGGCGUCCUGGUCCUGACGCGGGUAGGGUCUUGAUCCCGAAUGAAUAUCCGAUUCCCUGGACUGGGGCUCGUGGGGUGGGGCUUCGACCACCAAAUGCAAUGUUGGAUCCCGGACACCGGGCGGGGUCGAGCUCCCCUUGGGGAGCCCCGCGGCCGGCGGCGUCCGAGGCGCAUGACUAGUUGGUGAGUAACUUUCCCCAGUGCAGCAAGUCGCGGCAGGAGCGUCCGGACGGGCAGGAGGGACCCAAGUGUCUGAGACCCCUGCGCCCGCGGAACCCCGGCUCGACCCGGGACCCACCCCCAACGCCGGCCAAAGUCACCGCCCCUCCCCCACCCCGAGCUCCGGUUUCAGACCCUGUGACCAGGACAGCAGCUGCCCAGAAGGAGGGGGUGCACUCCCCCCUCUGACCACGGGGGCUCCAGAGUCCCGGCCUCACUUCCCUCGGUCUGCCUGCCCUCCACCGGGUCUCUCCGGGACUGGCCCCCACCCAGCCGCCCGUACUGGGAUUCAGUGGUGAUGGGUGGCCAGCCCAGUGAACCUGUUCAGCCGCAUCUUGUCUUUUUAACUAGGUUGCAGGCUCCCUGGGGAUUUUUGGUCUUUGACUCCAAGGUGUGCCUCUGCUCUAGAGUGGAAGCUGAGGGGUUUCUUUGGGGGUCCUGUGGGAGACGGGUGUCCCAGUAGGCACCCGCUAUUGCCCCACUCUUUUGAUGGAGGCCCUGCUUUGAAGAGUGAUGGAUGAAUGUCAGAAGGUACUGCACAGGAUUUGGCCUUGGCCUCCUGGACCUGGCCCAGAGAUAGAGAAGACUUCACUGGGAGUCCUGUAAGCAGGAAGAUGUGAGAUUUAUGCUGGGAUAUCAGGUACCACCUGGCUCCUGUCAGAGGCCACCUCCAUCUGGAGGAUGUUCCUGCAACACUCAGGACAGGAGAUGGCCCCUGGUGGCUCAGAUGGUAAAGAGUCUUCCUGCAAUGCAGGAGACCCGGGUUUGAUCUCUGGGUUCGGAAGAUCCCCUGGAAAAGGGAAUGGCUACCCACUCCAGUGUUGUUGCCUGGAGAAUUCCAUGGACGGAGGAACCUGGCAGGCUACAUUCCCUUCACUUUUGGAUCUAAAUUCUGUGAAUGGUGUACUUGCUAGUGCGGUCCUGGGGUUAGAUGUGCUUGGCCUCCCUCAUCCUGGCAGGGGGGACACUCACAAACCCCCUCUCCCUCCAGAGGCCAAACCAGCAGUUCCUACCAUCCCACUGGCUGCUGCUUGGAGCCCGCCCAGACCAGCCUGACCAAUGUCCACAGCCAGGGAGCAGCCCAUCUUCAGCACACGGGCACACGUGUUCCAGAUCGACCCAGCCACCAAGCGGAACUGGAUCCCUGCGGGCAAACACGCACUCACUGUCUCCUACUUUUACGAUGCCACCCGCAACGUCUACCGAAUCAUCAGCCUUGGGGGUGCCAAGGCCAUCAUCAACAGCACUGUCACUCCCAACAUGACCUUCACUAAAACCUCCCAGAAGUUUGGACAGUGGGCAGACAGCCGCGCCAACACUGUCUAUGGCCUUGGCUUUGCUUCUGAACAGCAUCUGACUCAGUUUGCUGAGAAGUUCCAGGAAGUGAAGGAAGCAGCAAGGCUGGCACGGGAGAAAUCUCAGGAUGGGGGAGAACUCACCAGUCCAGCCCUGGGGCUCACUGCCCACCAGGUGCCUCCGAGCCCCCUCGUCAGCGCCAAUGGCCCCGGCGAUGAGAAGCUAUUCCGCAGCCAGAGCGCGGAUGCCCCGGGCCCCGCUGAACGCGAGCGGCUCAAAAAGAUGCUGUCCGAAGGCUCCGUGGGCGAGGUGCAGUGGGAGGCCGAGUUCUUCGCGCUGCAGGACAGUAACAACAAGUUGGCGGGCGCCCUGCGAGAGGCCAACGCGGCCGCCGCCCAGUGGAGGCAGCAGCUGGAGGCCCAGCGCGCAGAGGCUGAGCGGCUGCGGCAGCGGGUGGCUGAGCUGGAAGCCCAGGCUGCCGCCGAGCCGCCUGCAGGCAGUGAGAAGGAGGGACCUGGCCAGUCAUUGGAGCAGCUGGAGGCACUGGUGCAAACUAAAGACCAGGAGAUUCAGACUCUGAGGAGCCAGACUAGUGGGUCCCGUGAGGCCGCAGACACCGCUGAACGUGAGGAGACACAGCAGAAGGUGCAGGAUCUGGAAACGCGGAAUGCAGAGCUGGAGCACCAGCUGCGGGCCACGGAGCGCAGCCUGGAGGAGGCCCGGGUCGAGCGGGAGCGGGCCCGGGCUGAGGUGGGCCGGGCCGCGCAGCUCCUGGACGUCAGGCUGUUUGAGCUGAGCGAGCUGCGGGAGGGGCUGGCCCGCUUGGCCGAGGGCGCGCCCUGAGUCCGGCCUCCGGGUCUGCAUAGAAGGGGCCUGUGGGAGCUGAUUUUACACGAACGACUCCCGCCUGGGGCACAGGCCAGGCCGCAGGCGGCAAGAUGGGCCAAGCCCCCCUGGCAGGGACUGGGGCCCAACUCAGCCUGGGGAGGGCUUGUCCACAGGACUCCAGCCGGCCCUGGCUGUUCACAGCUCAGAGGCUGUUUUUGAGCUUUUCAUUGUGUAGAAUUUCUAGACUCCCCAGGGCGCGUGCUGGUGCCCAAAUUACAUUUCUAAGCGUG